UGGCCAAUUGGCAAAACAAGCUUCUCCAAAAAUAUCACCACCCCCAUCAAUUGGUUCGCGUAAACAAGUAGCAAAACAAAGACCAAUUAACAGCUUGUUGCUCAAAUUCUCAUCCCACAGCCAAUUUCUCGUCAUUAAAAGUCAAGCCAACUGCCACCUGGCCCCCGACUUCACUGCAUGCAAAAUCACUUGGAACUGCCCCCUUUAUUUAUUUUGUCCCAUCAUCACACACACACAAACCCUGUGCCUAAGCACCCUUCAACUUCUUUUUUGGUAGUUUGCCCCCCUCCCUUCCUAGCCAUUAACCCACUUGCAUCAAAAAACAUUUGUCUGUUGGAAAGGCGUCCUUCCCUUGAGGGUUUUUAACUCCCCAAAAACGAUGACUUUAUUUUUUUCUUCCCAAAAACGAUGACUUGUCUUCACACAAUCUCUCCACUUUGCGGCCUUGGCAGCAGCGAAGCCACAUUUCUGCCUUGAGCCUUGAAUUGAAGCCAUUCAUUUCAUUUCGCAUCAAACAAAAUCAACCCCACUCCAACCCUUCUGCCCUUCAACCCUUCAACCCCUUCCUUUCUUGUCAAAUCAAAGCUGCCUCUGACAAAAACACAUGUGAUGAACAAGGAAUCACAAUUCAUAAUCACAAGCCUCUUUCGAGCCUUUUCCCUUCCCUCUUCUGCGCACUUGUUCUUCGCACCUCUCUGAAUACACUAAACGACAAAACCCACCGAGAUCAUCCUCUCUCUCUCUCUCUCUCUCUCUCUCUCUCUCUCUCACACACAUCAGUCGGUCGGUGUUUUUUUUAGCGGCUGAAUUGAACGCCACCGUUUUAAUAUCAUACUCCACUCGCUUGUCACACGCAGUCCUAAAAUCUCUCUACUAUAAUGGCGUCCAUCUUCACACGCGCCUCUUAAAAAGGGCUCAACCCAGUACAAAACCAAAUGCAUAAACCUUGCUCUCGAAGUAUCCUCUAUUACCAUUACCAUUACUUGCCCACAAAGCGAAAUACAGCCAAAGACCCAAACUUUACCUUCCACCUUUGAAACCCGAGCUCCUAUUUAAACAUUCCCUUCUCUCUGUUCUCUUCUUCCUUGUCUUAAAAUCCCACACAACCAACCCACCUUCCCUGUUUUGGCCUUUUCUUUUCUAUGACUAACAGGUCCGACAGCGGCUCAAUAUCAAACAUAUUCGGGGCAUUCUUUGAAGCCUGGCUGGUUCGCCAAGAACAUUUCUUAGACGAACUUCUCUCGGCCCAACAACGAAUCAAUGAAGCCCGAGACGAAGACCAAAGAGAUUUGGUGUAUCGGGUUCUUCUUCAUUAUCAGCAGUACUAUGACGAAAAAUCGAGGAUUGCCCAGCGCGAUGUUUUCCUAGUGUUUUCUCCCCCGUGGUUCACUUCGUUCGAAAGGUCCCUGCUUUGGAUCGCCGGGUACAAACCGGGUCUCGCAUUCCGGCUCCUGACCGAGUCGGUGCCCGAUUUGAGCGACGGGCAGCGGGUCAGGAUGGCCCGGCUGAUGGAGGAGACCCGGGUGGAGGAGCGCGCGCUCAACGACAAGCUGGCGAAGAUUCACGAGAGCGUGGCGGCGCCGCCGCUGGUGGAUGUGGCGCGGCGGUACGGGAGGUUCGCGAACGGCGAGAUCGUGGAGGAGGACGUGGCGAUCGACGAGUUGAAAUCGGCAUUGGAGUCUGUGCUGGAGAAUUCGAACUUGCUGAGAACGACGAUGGCGACAAAGCUGGUGGAUAUGCUGAGCUCGGCUCAGGCGGUGAGGUUUUUGGCGGCGGUGGUGCAGUUUCAGCUGAAGAUUAGGAGUUUGGGUUUGGAGCGAGACGCCGACAAACAGAGGGAAUUGAAUGGCGGCGGUGGUGGUAGGAGCCCAAUUGGUAAUUGGUAAAAAAAGGAAAGGGAAAGUGUAUCGUUAAUUAGGAAUGGAGUUUGUUAUUUUUGAAGAAAAAGUAAUGGUGGGUUAACUAGUACCAUUGCAAGCGUCGAUGAAAAUUGUUUAAGGUGAGGCUUAAUGUUGCUUAAUAUUUAGCUAAAUGGAAUAUAAUUAUGGUGAUUUGGAGUUGAAUUAUGUACACUUUGUUUUUUAUUUUCUUUUUCUGGUAUUUUUGAGAA